AUGCAGAUCACCCGCAGCGGCUUCCAGCACUCGCUGGACCUGGGCAGGAUCCUGGCGGCCCAGUACGGCCCCGGCGGCGCGCGCCCCCUCCCCGGCCUGGCGGGCUGCCCGGCGGGCUCCGUGUUCCUCGCCGCGGACGCGGUGGAGAAGCAACCAGAGGACGAUCGAGGGCGUGUACGAGGGGCUCUGCGGCAGAAGGCCGAGUGCCGCCGAGUUCCCCGCCUCGGAGGUGCUGGUCAGCGGCGAGGUGUCGGAGGGCGUCCCCUUCUUAGGGGCCAGAGGGGGGUCUCUGCUCGGGGCCCGAGCUGGACGCCCUGCAGGGCGCCGCGGACGCCGCGCUGGCCUCCAGCCAGCUGUACAACCUUCGGCUGCGGCAGCUGGCGGCCGAGGCGGCGCGGCUGA